AUCAAAUGAACGCCACGUCUAUAACGUGCUGAGUGUAACUCGUUUGCCGGUUAGACAAAAGUGUUAAAUAACCAUAAGGUUCAAGAAAUUUUUAUGAAACAUAAUGAUCAAAGGGAAUAUAAAUAUGUUAAUACGAAAUAUCGGAUUGCUUUUUGGAUUACUUGUUCUAUCUUCUGUCACGGGUAACACCAUUGAUCAUGAUCUAACUUUUAAAAGCGUGGAAAAACAUAUCGAUUUACAAUCACAAUUAACAAAAAUUACUGCCAGAAUUAUAUUAGAAAAUGGAAGCCAAGAUCGUCAUGUACGAAAUUUUCUUUUCUCAUUGGAACCGAAGCAAAAACACAGUCUCAGUUACAUAGCAGCUUACAAAGAGCCUGUACGAGUUGAAUUGAAGUUAGUCGAAACGAAAAUAGCGGCGCAUCCAGAUAAGACUUUUUAUCAAGUUGAAUUAAAGGAUCCUCUUUCUCCUGGGAGGACUGUGUCUGUAGAAAUAGAAUGGACAUUAACACAUGAGCUUGUGCCUCAUCCGAAGGAGAUCACACAGAAGGAAAAGCAGUUAGUGAAAUAUAUAGGAAAUAUUUAUCUUUAUUCACCAUAUAGUAUAACAAAACAAACAACCACUGUAUCUUUACCAUCACGUAACAUUGAAAGUUACACUAAAUUUAAGCCAGUCUCACAAAGUGAUUCAGUUAUUACAUACGGCCCGUAUGAGAAGCUUCCGCCAUUUGCUUAUGAGGAACUAAACAUUCAUUUUGAAAACAACAAUAAAUUCCUCACUGUUACUAGACUUGAAAGAAGUAUUGAAAUAUCACAUUGGGGCAACAUCGCAGUAGAAGAACAUAUUGAUUUAUUACAUACUGGUGCAUUAUUAAAAGGUUCAUUUUCACGUUAUGAAUUUGCUAGAGAGUCAAAGUCAGGACAAGCCAGUAUUCAAAGUUUUGAUACUGUUUUACCUGCUGCUGCAUCCGAUAUUUAUUAUAGAGAUGAAAUUGGAAAUAUUUCAACAUCACAUACCCGUAUCAAGAAAGAUUCGGUAGAAUUAAAUUUACGCCCAAGAUUUCCACUUUUUGGUGGUUGGAAAACUAAAUAUAUAGUAGGAUAUAAUGUUCCUAGUUAUGAAUAUUUAUUUCACUCUGGUGAUCAAUACACAUUAGAAAUGAGAUUAUUGGACCACGUAUUCGAUGACAUGGUAGUAGAUGAAUUAAUUGUAAAAAUUAUUUUACCAGAGGGUUCAACAAAUAUUGAAUUGAACCUUCCAUAUUCUGCAAUAUCUUUACCAGAUUCACGUCAUUAUACAUACUUAGAUGUUACUGGUCGUCCAGUAAUUUCUAUUACAAAGAAAAAUUUGGUUGAAAAUCAUAUUCAAAAUUUCAAACUGAAAUACAAGUUCCCACGUAUAUUAAUGUUGCAAGAACCAUUACUCAUAGCAGCAGCAUUAUACUUGUUAUUCUUAUUAGUGAUUACAUGUGUCAGACUUGAUUUUUCGAUUGAUAAAGAUGAAAUUUCAGAAAGUAAAUUACGAAUUGCUGGACAGUGUGAAAAAAUUUUAGCUGCACAAGAUCGUAGAGUAACUUCUUAUAAUGAAUUGGAUGAUCAGUUGGCAUAUUUAAAAGCAAAUAAGGAUGCUAAUGCAUUUUUAUCUGUUGUGAAAAGCAUUAAUCAAGAAUAUAAGAGUGCAACAAGCACUAUUGCUGAAAUUGCACAACGGUUGAAAGGAGAAUCUGGAGACAUAUAUGAUCGUGUUCAAGAAUUACAAAAAUAUGAUAGAACAUUGAAAGAAUUGUACAAUCAACAACAAGCAUUAUAUGUCGACAAAUUGGUACCGGGUAAAAUCGGUCGUCAACAAUUUGUAGAAGCUGAAGCAGUCCUUACUAAAAAGAAAGAAGAAUGUGUUGAGAAAAUAAAUUCCAUUGUAAAAUCUUUACAGUAAUGAAAUUUUUGCUUACACUUAAAGACUUAAUAAAAAAAUAGUUUAAACAAUAAUUUUAAAAUGUUUAAAUAUUAAGUUAGAAAACCCUACCUAUGUAAUAAGUUAAGAUUUGUAAUAAAUAAUUGAUUUAUAAUAAAGAAAU